AUGUCAGAGCGCGCUGCAGCAGUUGCUGCCUUGCUCGGCGCGGUCUUAGUGCAAGUCCCGCUCAUUCACUCUCCUGCACGGGCUGCCUGGUGCUGGCCGUCAGAGCCCCCGGUCUGUGCGGUGCCAACUGUGGCAAACGGGAAGUGUGUAGAUGACAACAAUGCCACGCUCACGACUCUGGCACCUGAAGGGGUCUGCACCCCCAUGUGUGAUGACGGAUACGUCCUGGUUGGCAGUUGCACACAGCUGCAGUGUCCUCGUUCAGGCCCGGAGCCGGGGUGCUUGCAAGACCUGGAAGAUGAGACUUGGUGGGCUCCCUGCGGAUUUGGUACAGUCUGCAUUGAAAAUGGAGGCAGCCUGGGCCAGCCGGCCUGGGAGAGAUUUGGAAACUUCCGGUGCUUGGCUGAGGGCUCCGCGGAACUCGUGGGUGUUGCACGCUGCGAUGGCGUAGCGACGGCCACUCCGCCACCAGAGCCCGAGGGCCUCACCGACGCGGAGGUGCUGGACUACGGGAC